UCUAUGUACCCUUUAGUCAUCUCAGUAGGAGCAAGGUGACACCUUCAAGGCCCAAGAGGCCUAUGAAAGGCGAGAACAUACUCUGUGUGUUGGAGAGGGUGGGUUUGAGUGACAGAGAAGAGCAGAGAAGCCACAGUUAGUUCCAACAGGAGAGUUAUUCUCAACCCACAACCAUUGGGUGUCUCUCAAGGUAGUGCAGAGGUGGCCAUAGCUGAGUGAAACACGGUGGAGGCAAUUUCCUUUCUGCAGAAGGGAUCCAGAGGUGUCCUGUGACAAUCACUCCGCAACAAACACGGGAAAACAGGAAGGAGACACAUGGGAAAGACUGCUGUACAAGGUCAGGGAAGACUGAAGCUCAACUCACCUUUCUACAGCUGUAAGAAAAACCAGCAGAGCAACAGUCAUGUCUGGUUGCGUUGUUUAGCUAUAGCUAAACUACUGUACACUGAAGCUACUAGCAGAUACAUUAUACUGUGCUGAGUUAGGAGAAGGAGUGCCCACUGGAUUGAAGAAUUUCAUGGUUGGAUUUCACAGUGUGAACAUUUGCAGUCUGUGGAAGGCUAGGGGCCAGCUGUCAUCCCAUUCAUGUUGCACAGGAGACUCUAUGCAUGGAUGCCGAACACUAGCAGCUAACACCAGUGGACUUCAACUAUUUUUACUACACAGCCAGCAUCUUUGGAUUUCGGGAUCUGGAUUAGUCUUCCAUUAAUGCACAGAUGGACCCACUCUGAAACUUAAAAAUAAAUAUUUAUAGUUUGUACAGAUUGAUUGAUUCCAUCCAGACUUUAGACUACUUAAGAUGCUAAAUUGUUCAGAUAUACAACAGAGGUAAUCCACAGCAUCUAUAAGUGUGUUAAGUGCAUUCUAGACCAAAUAACACCUGAUCACAUGAAACAUUGCAUGCUCAUUGGUCCGAGGUGGAUAUUCUACACAAACACGUUGUGGCAUUCAGAGCCAACAGCAGUCUAUUUUAUAGAGAAAUAUUAAGUCUGGUCAGAGAUUUGGUUCCGGGUCCAGAUGUUCCUCAACACAGUGCUGGUGGUCCUGACGGACCUGGCGGCCCGGUUCCUGGGUAACACUGUGUUCCGGCAGCACUUCCACCUGUUGCUUUCAGUAAUGGUGAUGUUCGGCCCUGCACUGAGCCUCUGGGUCUCCCAGCACAGCAUCUUUGCCAAGAGAAGCCACUUCCUAUACAGGAUUUUCUUGCGCUCGGGUUGGGGCUGGACCUGCAUCUUUGUUGGCUCCUUCGUCUUCCUCCUCUCCUUCUCCAUCCGUCGCUCCCUCUCUCUCUCCGUCCGUCACCUCUCCCGGCUCGGGGUGGCUGGUGGAUUGUGGCUUGGUUUCUGUAAACUCUUGGACCUUCUGGAGAACACCACCGGAAGCUGCUAUGAACCUUUACUCAGCAGCCCAGAGGUCACCAAUGGGCAGCCUAUGCUAGUGUUGCGAGAAGGGGAGAGUAAAUCUGAGUGCCUCAAAGCUGGGAUGCUGUGGAGGGGGUAUGAAGUUUCAGAAGAUGUCUUCCUCCUCUGUCUCUGCUGCCUGCUGUUGGCUGAGGAAACAGCCGUGUUUGGCCCUUAUCUGAGUCUGGGUGGGAUCUCAGGUGCCCCUCUGAGGAUCCUCUUCCUCUUCUGUGUUCUCCUGCUCUGGCUCUGGCUCUUUCUGCUGCUCUGUCUCUUAGCUUACUUCCCUCAGUUCCCCACUCAGCUGCUAGGGGGCGCUCUGGGCUGUCUGAGCUGGAGGGGACUGUACCAGGGCUGGUAUCGCAUGGGGCCCAGCUGGUACUGCCCCGGGAGACCUGGACUAGGACUGCUCAACACCAAGACCAGCAGUGCUGAAGAAGAGGACGCACACCUGAGUCAUGAUCACUGCAACUAACUGAAAAACCGACAGAUUUUAACACUGAUGCAAAGAUUAAUUUAAUCCUAAACUCUAGGUGGUUGUUUGGAGAAGACUAAGAUGACAUGUCUAUUGUGUCUUUUUUGUUUUUUUUGAACAGCAAACCAAGAAAUCUUGUUGGAUAUUGUUGGAAAAACACAUGUACGAAGUGGACUUUAAAAUAUUUAUCUGUACAUCUCUAUACGGUCACACAUGCUUGCAUCAUUGUAUGCCAAUGCAUCAAACACAUGCUGUAUUUAUCCAAAGGCUUGUUUCCCGCAACUUCACAACAGGAAGUCACAGAAAAUGACGAGUCACCACAAGACAGGAAUUCAUGAUAUGUUAAAAUGUAGGUACAGGCUGAAAAUGCUGGAGAAACCAAAACUUUACUGAACCACAGCUUGUUUUGCAAUGGCAGAAAAAAGAACCAAGUAGAAAUGUUUUGAUGGAUAUGUGACAUGCUACUUAUCAACUAAAUCAAUUAAACACAUAAAAAAAAAAAAAACUUGCUUGUGUAAUGAAAGACUCAACUCAUUAAAGCCAUUUAACAGAUGGACUAUUAGCAGGUCUUACAGACAUCCUCCAUGUGUUUCUCUAUCAGGGUUUUAUUUUGCAUGAGUAAAACAUUUGAUAAAAACCGUCUGAAAAU